AUGCAAACGAAGUUGUGCUUGUCUCUCCUGACCCAAUCUCCAACACCUCCUCUCUCUUCCCUCCUCUCCAUCCACGCCUUCCUUCUCCGCCGCCACCUCCUCCUCUCCGGCGACCCCUUCCUCUUCAACUCCCUUCUCCGCUCCCUUCUUGCCCACCGCCGCUUCCUCGCCGCUUUCUCCCUGUACCGCCAUCUCUGGAGCCUCCCUUCUCGUCUUCUUCCUGACAGCUACUCCUUCACUUACCUUCUCAAGUCUUGCGCCAGCCUUCAUGGCCUUUCUCCCCGUCGAGAAGGCCCUCAGAUCCAUGGCCAUGUCUGCAAGCUUGGUUUUUGCGCUGACGUCUUCUCUUCCACUGCUUUGGUUGAUAUGUAUGUGAAGAUUGGUGAUCUGAUUUCUGCUCGGAAGGUGUUUGAUGGAAUGCGUGAGAGGAGCGCCGUUUCUUGGACUGCCAUGAGUGUGGGCUAUGCGAGGGCUGGUCACAAGGAUGCUGCGAUGGAGUUGUUCUUGGAGAUGCCGGAGAAGGAUGUUGCUGCGUUUAAUGCUAUGAUUGAUGUUCUUGUGAAGUCCGGCGAGUUGGAUUCUGCUCGGAAGGUGUUUGAUGAAAUGCCGCAGAGAAAUGUUGUUUCUUGGACCAGUUUGUUGUCUGGGUACUGUAAGGCUGGAGACAUGGAGGCUGCAAAGGUACUGUUUGAUGGUAUGAAGGAGAGGAAUUUGUUCUCUUGGAAUGUCAUGAUCGGUGGGUAUUGCCAGAACAGGCAGCCAUUCUUGGCUUUGGAAUUGUUCCGGGAGUUGCAGUCUGGUUUGUGCUCGUUUGAGCCGGAUAAAGUGACUUUGGUGAGCAUUAUUCCGGCAAUUGCUGAUAUGGGUGCUCUUGAACUUGGUCGUUGGAUUCACAAGUAUAUACAAAAGAAAGGGAUGGAAUGCAUGGGUAGUGUGUCUACUGCAUUGGUGGACAUGUAUGCGAAAUGUGGUGAUGUUGAUGAAGCAAAAAGAGUAUUUGAUGGCAUGCGUGAAAGAGCUACCUCCGCUUGGAAUGCUAUGAUCAAUGGGCUUGCUGUGAAUGGAUGUGCCGAGGAGGCGCUUGAUGUUUUCAGGGAGAUGUUGAGUAGUGGGCAAUGCCCGAAUGAGGUGACGAUGAUGGGGUUAUUGUCUGCAUGUAACCAUGGUGGUUUAGUAGAUGAAGGGAGAAGGUUCUUUAAGGAGAUGGAAAUUUAUGGUAUUGAGCCCAAGGUUGAGCACUAUGGUUGCAUGGUGGACCUCUUGGGCCGAAGAGGGUAUCUAAUGGAAGCGGAGAGGUUAGUCGAUGAAAUGCCCUUCCUGGCUAAUGAGAUAAUACUAACUUCUCUACUUUCAGCUUGUGUGUCAUAUGAAGAUGGUGAUAUGGCUGAGAAAGUGAUGAACAGGCUGGCUAAAAUUGAACCAACCGAUGGGAGGAACUUUGUUAUGUUGAGGAAUUUGUAUGCCGGAGAGAGAAGGUGGAGAGAUGUGGAGAGAGUCAAGGAUAUGAUUAGGAAAUACGGGGGCAAGAAAGAGGCCGGGUGUAGUGUUAUUGAGGUUGGGAGCACAGCUUUAGAGUUUGUGUCCGGGGACAAGAUGCAUCCUGAUUGGGAUGUCAUAUCCAAUGUCAUCAGUGAUCUGCAUUUGCAAAUGAAGGCCGGUGAGGAGGAUGAAUAUGAAUUUGAAAUGCGAGUUCCGUGCAGGGAUUCAUGCACUCAGCCCUUGUGUACCAUGUUGGUUUGAUUGGAGGAUAAGUAGUGACUGGAAAUAUUGGCACUUCUAGCUCAAUCAGUUUGCAUGUUUCAUGUAUGUGUUUCAGUUUGACUAUGUCAUGUCACUGAUAUGGUGUAACAUUCAUCAGAAUAUCUUGAAGAUAUUACUGACUGUUUCAUCUGAUAAGAAGAGAAUGAAGAGCACGCAUCUGUUUUCACAAUGAAGGAUGUAGCAGUGGAGCCAUAAUGACAAGAAAGAGGCCGGGUGUAGUGUUAUCGAGGUUGGGAUCACAGCUUUAGAGUUUGUGUCCAAGGACAAGAUGCAUCCUGAUUGGGAUGUCAUAUCCGAUGUCAUCAGUGAUCUGCAUUUGCAAAUGAAGGCCGGUGAGGAGGAUGAAUAUGAAUUUGAAAUGCGAGUCCCGUGCGGGGAUUCAUGCACUCAUCCCUUGUGUACUAUGUUGGUUUGAUUGGAGGAUAAGUAGUGACUGGGAAAUAUUGGCACUUCUAGCUCAAUCAGUUUGCAUGUUUCAUGUAUGUGUUUCAGUUUGACUAUGUCACUGAUAUGGUGUAGCGUUCAUCAGAAUAUCUUGAAGAUAUUAUUGACUGUUUCAUCUGAUAAGAAGAGAAUGAAGAGGACGCAUCUGUUUUGACAAUGAAGGAUGUAGCAGUGGAGCCAUAAUGAGCAGGCUAUACUAGCAAAGUAAGUAUUGCUUUUGGUUUCUUAGCAUUGACAAUGCUGUUUAUGUGCUUGAUUAGGGUUCUAUAAUAUAUCAAUGUUUGCUUGUAUAUCUAAUCUAAUGAUAGUUUUGAACUGAUUUGAUCUUGUUGUUCAUUGCAACAUGCAGACAUGUACUAUUAAUACUUUCAGAACAUG